AUGGACCUGGCUCUGUGUAGAACCUGCUGGUCAAAUACAGCCAUCAGGGGUCUGUGGGACACGGUUCAUCCUCCCACCGGCCUCGACAAUGUGGUUCAGGUGGUUGUUAGUGUUUGUGACCCAUGGAAGGUGCUGGUGGACGUCAGCAACGCCACCAGGCUGAAGGGCGGGGGGCAGUCCAACGCCGAGAGGCUGGCGGAGCUCUUCCCGAAGAGCCAGGUGGUGAAGGGGUUCAACGUCGUCUCUGCGUGGGCGCUGCAGGCCGGAGCCCACGAUGGCAGCAGGCAGGUUCUGAUCUGCAGCGACUGCUCCGACUCUAAAGCCGCCGUCCUGCAGCUGACCCGCCGCCUCGGCUUCAGCCCCGUGGAUGUGGGGGGUCUGUGUGCGUCCAGGGACAUCGAGGAGGCCCCGCUCAUGCUCUUCCCCUCCUGGGGGGGCCCCAUCUUGGCCACCUUCCUCCUCUUCCUCUUCUUCUAUGGUUACAGCUUUGUGAGGCACAUCCUGCUGCCCUACCUGGAUAAAGGAGAGAACAGUUUCUACCAGCUCCCUCUGGUGACGGUCAACGAGGCGCUGCCGGCAGUCGCCCUGGUUACGCUGGCACUCGUCUACCUACCAGGUCUGCUGGCGGCGGUGCUCCAGUUGGGCCGGGGAACCAAAUACAAGAGAUUUCCUCGCUGGCUGGACUCGUGGCUGUGCGGGCGGAAGCAGCUGGGCCUGCUGAGCUUCCUGUGCGCCGCGCUUCACGCCGUGUACAGCGUGUGUCUGGCGCUGCGGAGGGCCGCGGGGUACACACUGCUGAACGCGGCGUACCGCCAGGUGAAAGCCGGCGUUGAGAACUCCUGGGUGGAGCAGCAGGUGUGGAGGUCCGACCUUUACCUGUCCUGUGGAAUUCUGGGAUUCGGAGUCCUCGCUCUGCUGGCUGUCACCUCGCUGCCCUCUGUGGGAAAUGCCCUCAACUGGAGGGAGUUCACGUUUGUUCAGUCGGGACUCGGUUACGCGGCCCUAACUCUCUCCGUCAUGCACACGUUGUUCUUCGGCUGGGACUUUGCCUUCUUCCCCUUCGCCUACCCUUAUUACCUGCCACCGGUCUACCUGCUGGCCCUCAUCCUGCCCUGCACGGUCCUGGUGGGACGGAUCUUCCUGGCUCUGCCUUGCAUCACGUGGCGGCUGGCGAAGAUCCGCAGGGGCUGGGAGAGCGCCAGACACCGACCCCCGAACAUCCAGGAGCCAGCGGAGGUGGAUCCUCCUCGCAGCUCGGGUGACGUCUGAGUGGUCGAGACAGAAAGGGAAAGAAACCUGGACAACCCAGAGGAGUCUCUGCUCUCUGUGAGAGUCUGAACUCCACCGGUCUGAGCAGCGACCCGGUCCAACAUCCUGCUGCUUUCAGUUUGUUCUGACUUUUGAAAGAAAGAUUUCUUAUUUAUUUUUAGAAAUUCUUUUUGCAAAAGUUUCACUGUGCGGACAAAUAACAACAACAAACACUGCAAUCAGAGUUUACGUCACGUUAAUGAUGCCUCAGCUGUCAGACAUUACAUUACACUGACUGGUGGAAGUUUGGUGUUAUCGAAGGCUGCAACCAACGAUUGUUUUCUAGAUUAAUCGAUUAGUUGGUUGGUCCAUAAAAUGUCAGAAAAUAUUCAGUUUACUGUCAGGACUGAAGAAAGCAGGAAAUGUUUGAACUCACAUUGGACAUUUUGUUCUUAAAGACUCAAAACAAUUAAUCAACUGAUCGAUUAAUCGACUAAUCGUCGCAGCUCUGAGACUUUAUGCACAUUUCAGCUCCACGUUUUACAGUUUGUGUGAAGAAAGAAAGAUGAGACUUUAUUUUACUGUUAUUUCUUCAUAAUGUCGACAAAGAUAUAAUAUAUAUUUGUUUCUGAUUAUACUUUAAUACUUUUACUUAAACAAUAUAUUCAAUGCAGUACUUUCCUUGUAAUGGAAUAUUUCACACUUAAACUGUUUCACCUCUAGUAGCCACUAAGAAACAUGUUGUUAUUGACUGAAAUAAAUCUGAUUCUGAGAUUUGUA